AGCAGCCGCAGCAGGAUCUGGACCUGGACCUGGACCUGGAUCUGGACCUGGACCUGGACCUGGACCUGGAUCUGGAGCAGGAGCGCACUCCAGGAGCGCACUCCAGGAGCGCGCCCGCAGACCUUGAAAAAAGAAACUUGUGUUACAGAUAGAAUCUGAAGAAAGAAAGAGACAAAUGACGAGAGUCGUGGUGGUUUCAUUCUAACGCAUGCACGCUGGUUGCCUCUCUUUUUUUAUGUAAGAUCUGUGCUGGUGGUGGAGGAGGAGGAGGUAGGAUGCGCUUCUGACUCGGAUUAACGCGCGGUGGUAAAGGGCGAGUCUGCGCACUUUGGGAAAACGAUGUAAGGUUUUUAAGAUUCAAAGAAACGUCUGAAAUGUUUCUCGUCGAUUCGUAGGUGGUCCACUGCAGCAUUACCCUCAGACACAGCCAUGAAGUCUGUGCUGGACGGUGUGGCGGACACCACCUUCCGGACUAUCACGUCUGGUUUACAGUAUCUCGGCUCCAACGACGCAAACUACGAAGACCCCAUCAGCGACGUAGACUUCAAGGGAGGCUUCGCUCUGCAGAAGCCCCUGUCCGCGUUCCGCAGCAGCUCCUUCCCGGACAAAGUACCUGCGGACGAGGAGCUCAUCCUCAAGGGCAUCCCGUUCUUCCCCACCAACGCCACCGACCUGUUUGGCAACCGGAGCACGUUCAGAGAUGAGACUAACACCAUACAGUGCGGGGAGAACUUCAUGGACAUGGAGUGUUUCAUGAUCCUGACUCCCAGCCAGCAGCUGGCCGUGGCUGUGAUGUCUCUGACCCUGGGCACCUUCACGGUGCUGGAGAACCUGGUGGUGCUCUGCGUCAUCCUGCAGUCGCGCAGCCUCCGCUGCCGGCCGUCCUACCACUUCAUCGGCAGCCUGGCCGUGGCCGACCUGCUGGGCAGCGUCAUCUUCGUCUACAGCUUUCUGGACUUUCACGUUUUCCACCGGAAGGACAGCCCCAAUGUUUUCCUCUUCAAGCUGGGUGGAGUCACGGCGUCGUUCACGGCGUCCGUGGGGAGCCUUUUCCUCACCGCGAUCGACCGCUACAUCUCCAUACACCGGCCUCUUUCCUACAGGCGCAUCGUGACGCGCACCAAGGCUGUCAUAGCCUUUUGCGUGAUGUGGACUAUCUCCAUCGUCAUCGCAGUGCUGCCCCUGCUGGGCUGGAACUGUAAGCGCCUCAAUUCUGUGUGCUCGGACAUAUUCCCUCUCAUUGACGAGAACUACCUGUUGUUCUGGAUCGGUGUGACCAGUGUGCUGGUUCUUUUCAUCUUCUACGCCUACAUAUACAUCCUGUGGAAAGCACACCACCACGCUGUGCGCAUGAUGAGCCGGGCCUCCCAGAAGAGCCUCGUCGUUUACUCAGCCGACGGGACUAAAGUGCAGAGCACGCGCCCGGAGCAGACGCGCAUGGACAUCCGUCUGGCCAAGACCCUGGUGCUCAUCUUGGUGGUGCUGGUCCUCUGCUGGGGCCCAGUGCUCGCCAUCAUGGUCUAUGACCUCUUCUGGAGGAUGGACGAUGACGUCAAGACGGUGUUUGCGUUCUGCAGCAUGCUCUGCCUGCUCAACUCCACCGUCAACCCGAUCAUUUACGCCCUGCGGAGCAAGGACCUGCGGCACGCCUUCCUCAGCUCCUGCCGCGCCUGCAGGGGCAGUGCCCAGCAGCUGGACAAUAGCCUUGAGUCGGACUGCCAGAACAGGAAUGCCAACAUUUCUGCCAACAGGGCCGCGGAGAGCUGCGUGAAGACCACUGUGAAAAUAGCCAAAGUGACAAUGUCGGUGUCGACCGAAACGUCUGCAGAGGCCGUCUAAUUGGCCGUCGCCGGGGGAAACUGUGUAAAUGUCAUCCUCCCCAAGACAACGCCAUCCAGCACAACGAUGCAGGAGUUAGAUAUUCCUGGGAAAGAAAGCAAGAAAGAAAAAAAUCCUCUACUUAAAGUAUUAAUUGACAUCCUCACAUCGACGCUUCAGUGGUUGCAUUAUUUUAUGUGGGUGUGUUGAGUACGUAGUGUGCCAAAGUGCCAAAUGGUAUCAUAAGGUCAUGGAAAGGACAAUUUGCAAGCAUUAUCAAAGACUCUCCUGAAGUCUGCUGUUUACCAUGACACUUCAUGAUAUCCAAUUAGUGAAGGCAUAUUAUAUUUUUGUACUGUGAAAUCAGGUUUUGGAAACAAUAUGUCGUCAUUUUUGGGACAAGGGGCUACUGACAUUUUUAAUUGGAGCUGUUUUCCUGUGUCAUUUAGACUUUGAACACGUGUCUUGCACCGCGAAUAAAAACACGUCCUCGCGCCUUGACUGUCCACGGGCUCAAUGUGCAAUGUCGCGUGUGAACAUUUCUACGAGCAAAUGUGGGGGAGGGGGAAAAAAAAAGAAGCUCAAAAGACUGGUUGUUUAUUUUCCGAAAGAAAUUGUCAUUCAGCAUGUCACUUUUGUACUUCUUCUGACAACGCUCGCUGAGUGGCAAACCUGUGAAGGGAUUUUGUGAGACGUGAGGUGAUUCAUGCUCAAGAUUAAAAAAUAAACAAAUAAAUAAAUACAUAUUCAUCACCAUCUCAAAAUAAACUCUGAUGAGAUGGCGGCGUAUUGAAAUCGCAGCUUUCGAGUGUGUGAAAAUCUACAACGGCAUUCUUUCUGUGGCGGGUUGACGAUCGUCCCCGUCGUCCAUCUCUUUACUCUCUAGCUGUUACAAACCUUUGGAGUGACGUGUCCUUGUUGAAAAUGUAUACCCUAACAAACUGUACAGUGUUUUUUCCCCGCAACAAACAAAAAAGAGUUCCAAUCCACUCGUUCAGCUGUACAGACGAGUCAACGACGAUGGCAAGCUUUUGGCCCCGGGAAAAAAAAAACUUGGAACACAUCCCAGCCGCAAAGAAUUUGGACACAGUGUGCCGGUCACAACUGAGACAAACCAAAGUGGUUUCUGAAUAUAGCUGCUGUCAUCAAAUGUAGGAUUUUACAGAAUUCUAGUGUGUGUGUGUGUGUGUGUGUGUGUGUGUGUGAUACCUUGUGACCUGGUGGGUUAUUUUCAACCCCCCAAGCCGUCUGAUCAUUGCAGUGAGUUGUUUUAGUGCUACUGUUGCAGCGGGAACAAAUCGUUUCUUUGGAAAAAAAACAAAAGCAACCCAUGCACAGGCCUAGUGAACGUACUUUUGAUGUAAUUCUUAAUAAAAAACAACAUGAUAAUGAUAAUUUAAACAAUAUGUCUGCUGUUAAUUUUACUUAUCAAGACAAAAAGGGUGUUUUCAUUGGCUGGUAGCCAGAGUGGAAGUCUGUGUGUGUGUGUGUGUGUGUGCGUGUGUGUGUGUGUGUGUGUGUGUGUGUGGGGGGGGGGGGGGGGGGGGGGGGGGGGGGGGAGAAUCAACAACUGACCUAACAAAAGAACUUGAGAAGAUGUGACUUUCUUUUUUCUUCCUUACUAGGUGAUGUAUUACUUUUAACCUUAACAAUCUCACAGCACAAUUGUUCUGUAGGCAUUUAUCUAUCGGUGUGACGUAAUUCCAGACAGCUGUUAUAUCAGUACGCUUUUUGCUGCCUCUUGUAUUAUUGAGUAUUGAAGAUCAAAAUGUCAACUGUCAAGUGGCUUCUGUGCGGCGCCGGCAUAAUGAGGAAUCUGUGACUUCCUCAUUAUCACAAUCGGUCGAGUGUUUUUAGUAUUGCUGUUCUCAAACUUUUGAAUAAAGUCACGGCUGGUGGUCACAUUU